AUGGCGACGCUCAACAAUGCGGGCCUGGUCUUCUACCCCGCAUUCUGCUUCAAGGCGUCGCCAACCCACUUCGCCUGGGUGAAGAUGGCGGCUGUCGACGUGCAUCGUUUAAGGAGACAGCCCGGAUUUGAGGGUCAAAACAUCUUCUUCUACAAUAACCACCCUAUCCGCUUCGUCAGCUUCGUCGGGCUCAUCGUCGCCCGCACAGAGAUUACGCGGCGCACGAUCCUAACGCUGGACGACAGCAGCGGGGCCACCAUCGACGUCGCCGUUCUGCAAGCAGAGCCCGAAAAGAGCAGCGCUACCGCUGCGGCAGCACAGGCAGCUUCCUCUACAACAAAAUACCCAUCUACUGUAACACCAACAACACAUAUCUCCGCAACAGAACGCACAGAACUAGACAUCACAACUCUCACCCCGGGCACAAGCGUCCGAGUAAAAGGCACGCUCUCGCAAUUCCGAUCACGGAUGCAACUGAACCUUGAGCGGUACGAGCUAAUCCGCGACACGAACGCGGAGAUGGAAUUCCUGGACUCGCGGUUGCGGUUCCUCGUCGAAGUCCUAUCCAAGCCGUGGGUUCUGCUCGAUUCCGAGAUUGAAGGGUUACGCAUCGAAGCGGAACACGAUGGGAUGAAGAUCGGGGAGGAGAAGCGGCGUGCUGACAAGCGUGCUAGGAAGCGCAAAGAGCGCGAGGAGAGGGAUCAGAGGCUUAUUGCGAGACGGUAUGAGAAGGAGGAGAGGAGGAGGGCGCAAGAGGCCGGUGUGCUUAGGGUUGAAGGAGGAAGGGCUAUGGGGGAGAUGAGGCAACAGAGGGAUGGAAGUCUCUGA